AGUCCAAUUAAAAUGUAUUCAGUGCAGAAAUACAGGGAUCAGCAUGUAAAACAUUCACUGUGUCCUCCCGGUUAAUUAAAAAAACAAACACAAAUUCCCAGAUAAAAUACCGAGGACAUGACCUCAGUGUCCUCAGUGUCAGCUACAGCCUUGUUCCCCACUUGCAAAGAGGCCCCCUAAACCCCCAGUUUGGGACCAGCAGAGACGCAGCACCUGUAUCCAGUGUCUGUCCCGUUUGGAAAAAGUUGGCAGCGCAAUGGUUACGCUGCGUGCGUCUCAAGGGCAAAGGAAAUGAGGAAACCGAUCACAACAACAAAUGAAGACUCCUACCUCUCCAGACCUCUUUCCUCUGUCUGCGGACUGGCUCUGCUGGCUCUGCUGUAGCCGCACUACACGGCAGAGGAUUUUAUUCUAGCUUCAUGUAUAAGAGGAUAAAAAACGGAAAGAUGCGCCUGGAGGGAAAACGUCACGUUUUCAGUGGGAGCGACAGUGUGGAGAGACUGUGACCGAGCCGGGCAGCGGAAUAUGCGGCACUGUCCCUCUGCACGUCGGGCCAAAGCGUCGGAUCUUUACCGGAGAAACGUCCUGUAGCUGGAUGAUGUGAUUUUUUUUUUCACCCGCACACAGGAUUUUAUAAUCGCACCACGUUUCAGCGGGAGUCUGGAUGAUCCUCCAGUCACACCACCCCCGGACCCCCCUGACCGGUUUCAUGGGAUCAGGACCAGCAUACUGACGGUACCCUGAAAAUAAAUGUAAGGAGGCAUCACUCAAAGUUGACACAAGUGUCACCAAAAUAUCUGGAUUCUGGGGUCACGGUUGGAUAUUUAAUGAUGACUCAAGAGUGGCACAUUUACAGUUAAAUUAUACUGCAAGCAGAUAAAAAAAAAAGCUCCAGACAACAAUCCAGUGUCUCACUGAUAAAGAUAUUAUAACAAACUAUCAGUAGAGUUUAGGUUUAGUCUGCAAUAGCUCAGAUUAUCAUAUAAUCUUAAAUGCAACAAGAUAAAAGUUGUUCCUGCAGCACUGAAGAUGCCACCCUGGGUGUCCUUUCAAGGAAGGGAGACUGGAGAAUGAAAGCGGGAUUUCUGCGUCUUUGAUCGAGCACAGAGGCGACAGACAGACAGACAGACACCUUCUUUUGUUUUUUUUUCUUUGCUUUUUUUUUUUUUGGAUUGGUCCAAAAAUAUUUUUUGCGUGCCCCUUGGACUCCUGCACAAUGGGGAUUAUGCUUCAAGUUAUUCUAGGAAUGUUUCAAUUCCUGCUGCUCACCAGAAUACCGACGUCCCACGCCAAGCUUGCUCACUGGCGACCGGCCGAUUCCCCCAAAUCCAGAGAAGCUCGAGAAGUGCGGCGGUGGUUGGAGGUGUACUCGCGGAGCGGCUGUGAGCCUCGGGACACUCUGGUGGAGGUUUGGCGGGAAUUGCCGGGGGAGACACACCACCUCUUCGUCCCAUCCUGCGUGUCGGUGAGGAGAUGUGGCGGCUGCUGUGCCGACGAGGCCAUGGAGUGUGUUCCCUUGCUCACGCACACACUCACCAUGGAGCUGAUGAGGACCUCCUUCAUGAGACACGAGCUCGUUGAACUGCCCUUCAUCGAGCACAGCCAGUGUGAGUGCAGAUUAAAAGAACAAUUCCAGCUGACGCCAACUACAAGGCCCCAUCUGAAGCCAGCAAGAAAAAACAAGAAAAAGUUGAGGGGAAUGUCCAGACAGAUGACGACUGAAACCAUCAGAGCUGAGACCCCUGCCCCUCCAACCACUACUCCCUCGCCCUCUCCUUCUCCAUCCUUUCUUCCCACCAGCUCCUCUCCCUUUCUCUCUCCCCCUCCCUCUCCCUCUCCCCCUCCCUCUCCUUCUCUUUCUCCCUCUCCCUCUCCCUCUCCGGGGCCUCGUUGUAAACCCUGCAGAGGGAGGAAGUGGGCACUGGACGCGACAUCGUGCCAGUGCCACUGUACCAUCACUGCUGAGAGCUGCAGCCGGAAAAACCGGAGGCUCAACCCCCAUCGCUGCAGGUGUGAUGCCAUGAGGACUUGAUGUGUCCACCAGCUUCCCUUUCGUCUCCUUCUCUCCACCAAAUCCCUGCUGAUUCAUCACCCACUCUAAGCAUCAGUGCCAUGAAGAAUACAGACGCUUGGACAUCCAGUACCUCAAACGGAAGGAAAUAUUAGCAGACGCACACGCAUGAACCUGUAGUAGCGCUCUAGUUAAGCAACAAGUGCAGUAUUACAUCCUUAAUAUACUGUAGAUCUACGUGUACGUGUGUGUGCAGUCAAACAUCUCACCACCUCCUUGCUUCUGUGGCAAAGCUUCUGUCAGUCCACAUGUAAAUGCGUCUAUAGACAUGUAGAGUCACAAAACACAUCCCAUGAGUGGCACGAUGAAGGUGGCAGCAUAAUGGCGACUUAGAGAGACUAGGAGGAGAGGGAUAUUUAAAAAAAUCUUUCCUGGUAGACACAAACCUGUCCUACUGUGGUUCAGUGGUUGGACUCUUUUGAUCUGCAGUUGAACUUCAAUACAAGAAAACAGUGUAAACACAAAUAAUUACACCAUGCAAGAACAACGAGGACGAGGUUUUACGCAGGUGUCCGACAUGUUGAUGCUACAGUGGAAUUUGUGAUUUGUUGUUCGCAGGGAAAGUGCACAUGGAGACGGAUUCCUGGUUCAAGUCAAGGCCAAUGUUUGCACGGAGGAUUAGAAAAACAACUGCAAACAGAGUAUAGGUGGACACAUACACACUCAGACAUACCAGAAGGACACAAGACGUGCACAUGAACUGGCACCCCUGUGUGCAUGGACCUAUAGUCGAGCUGAAUGCUGGGAUGGAGUGUAUCUGUGUGGUCCCCCCGCUGAAAGACCCAGAUGGGUUAUCCCUGCAGCCGUUCUCUCUCAUUCAAAGCAUACGACCACGGGCUGGCUCUCCAAGCCGCUUUCCGGCAUUUGUUUAAUUUGGUCCUUUUGUCUCCAUCUUUCCUCGGCUCCUCGAUUGAAAGCAGCCGCUUUGCCUCUCUUUGCCUCUCUUUUAGGCAGUGAGGAGAAUGACAAUAAUGAGGCCUGGCGGCAGUCCACUGCUUCACACACAAACAUUCACACUUACACCAAGAACACAGACGACACACACAAUCUCACCCACCCUGUCCUGCAGCAAGCACACACACACACACACACAUGCAUAUCUACACACAAGCACACAUGCAAUGUGAAAUGAAUGCAGGUAGCCAUAAGCUUUUCUUCGUGCCACACCAAGUGUGCAAAUAUGUCAGUUGUUUAUAUUUGCAAUUUACUGCAAAGUCUUCAUUGAAUAUUGUAUUAUAUGCCUCUGUUUUAUAUUUUAUUAUAAUUCUGUCAAGUUGAUUGAGAAGAUAUUCUAUAUUGCAGAAUGUGUCUUUGUUUUGUUUUUGUUCAUCUUUAAUCCGUCUGCAUAAAGAGUCACACUGGGUGGCCAACUAUGUACACACUCAGCAUCUAAACUGAUACCCAAAUGUAUUGAAUUUAAACAGAGACAGCUCACACAUGGCCACGAAUGGGAGACUAUAUACAUUAUAAUGUGUAAUUCAAACAAUCACCGGGGCAGUCUUGUCUGUGGCACAAAGAAACCAAGCAAAUAACUGUUCCCAGUGCAGUGAAAAGAAAACAUGGUUGUUUUUGUUGCAUGUUAGAGCCACGAUGGAAAGAGUAUUAUUCAUUUGGAACAUAACUUGUUUAUAUUCUGACUGAAUCUCACGGUUUAACUCCAUGUUAGUUCAUGACUGCUUGGCUGCCGGGUGGGAACGGGGAUUUGAACUGUGACUGUGGCCGAAAGGAUGAGGCCUUGAACAGCUUGUCAAAGCCAGAGCUGUGUUGACGUGAAGACCUAGAGGACACAUAAUGGCAGGUCAGGGAGUUGAAACCUAUUUUUGAGACCUUUUCAGAGCGUGUGUCCUGUGCUAAAUUUUACUGAGAACAUUUACAGUGACGUCUUUGCUCUGUGGUAAUCAGUAGCUAUGAGACUCCAUGAUUCAUGUCCGUGCUCUCCCCCAGGAUUCAUGUCCUCCUGCUGAUUGAAUAAUAGUCACCCAGAAACAGCGUGCAGACCAGAGUCCGAAUGGCUGUUUUGCAGCCUUGAGCAAAAGAACUUCAAGUGAUUGUGAUAAGCUCUGUAUUUAUACUCUCCUGAGGUGAGAUUAUUUUUUCCACGCUCAAGUUUAUUGUCCAGUGUUUGUUAUUACUGUCAAUCAAUGCUUCAAUCACUACCUCUAUAUGAUAACAUAUUAAUGACCAAGUAUUAGAGCAUUGUUGUUACUUUCCCUGUGUUAUUUCAGACCUCGCUAAGAUAAUUAUGUUUUUAUUUACAUUUAGCAAUAAGCGCAGUCUCUGGUGUAGCGAUGUGGAGCUGCAGCAGAUCUGUAGUGAUUAUCACCGGUUAGAGGAGCUUAUAGGAGUUUUCGGAGUGCGUUUUAGCAAUCUGAAGGGAAACAUUUUUCCUAUGAGGAGAGCUGAACUGGUCCUCUGAGUACAGACCAGACACUGUGUGAUAAUGUGGAGCAGGAGAUGGUUUCCCAAAACCUUUGUAGCUGCAAACUAAUUGUGACAAUUCUUGGCUUUAAAGAAAUUGUUCAACAUUUUGGGAAAUAUGCUUGUUCACUUUAUUGCUGAGAAUUACAGUCUGUAUGGUAAAUAUCAAGCUGCAGACAGCAGCUAGUUAGCUUAGCUUAGCUUAGCUUAG